AUGGCACCACCAAGCAGAAUUCAGUUGUUUUCCGAACGACACUUUGGAGGCAACGGACAGAGCUUCACGGAUAACUUCGCUGCCCUUGGAUAUCGCCGUUUGUGCCCGAAAUCCGCCAUCGUCGAAAAUGGAGCGUGGACUUUAUACAGUAACUUGGGUUUUCAAGGGCGGUAUCUCACCCUUCCUGCCGGAAAAUACGACGACCUUACCAUGAUUCUCAACGGCAUUGGAUUCUACGAAACUCAAAGUUUGCGAGUGGUUGAGAAUCCAGCAGUCGCCCAAGAUGGACCAUGCGAUGCUUUUGCAAGCAUGUCAUUAAGCGCAAGUGAAGCGAUGGAGACAUAG